GGUGGCAUCGCAAACGUAAGGUAGUGCGAUGUUGGGAGUGCCUUCGACUUUACAUUACACCGACAAAUACCUGGGCUAAUCUGCUUUUGAAAGUCCGAACAAAGUUUUUUAAGAAACCAAGGAAACUUUACAAGAGGACCACGGGUUUAUUUGUGGUAAAAAGGUGUUCCUGACGGGAAUAUAUUUAUCUUCUCGGCCUGCUGCGAAGUCAGACUCCUCGGGCUAACCAAUGGACCUUGGGCCGGGAAGAAGUCGAAAACGCAGGAAAGAGUUGUUAUUGUGACUGGUUACCUUGCUAACGUUAGCUAAUCCCGUCCAGGAGGCUACGUCUUUUUGAACACUUACGGCGGGGUAAGAUAACAGCGCUGACUAUAGAAUACCACAGGCCAAUCUGUGAUCUUGGUUUCUUUAUCUUGCGUUGGGGGAGAAUCUACGUCUAGCAGAUUUCACACUCACUAUCUAGCUAACCUGACAGAGUUGGAGAGCAGGCUAGCAAGCUCAGGUUGCCAUAUGUUUAGUCACGUGUGGCAAGCCAGCUAACGUCAAGUCACUGCUUGGUACAAUACCUUAUUUGAUUUGUUAGGUAACUUUGUUGUAGGCUAGCUAGCUAUUUGACCGGCUGGUAUACCCAGCUACCGUUCGUUAGCUGCUAAUGAAUUUGGUUGUUUUCUUGUCUAGAUCGGUAGCUAGCUAGCUAAAUGGGAUAAACGUUAUCCCUAACUGUUGGGUCAAGAUGCGAAUAAAGUGACGUUAGAGAUAAUAUCUGAUAGUGGCAAGUGAUUGCUAGCUUACUAGGUAGCUAGCUACGCUAGCUAAAUUCACCCGGGCCGAUCUAGAUAGCUAGCUAGCUAGCUAGCUAGCAAUAUUUUCUCAUAGUGACAGCUAACAUUAACGUUGUCAAGUUAAUGAAUGUCAAUUUGAUCAUGACUGGGCAGUUACGUAGGACAGCAAACAUUAUUUGUAGUUGUUGCCUAUAACCAGCUAGCUAAAUUAUUGGUUGUAAUUUACAACAUUGAAGUAAUUUUCCUUUGCGUCUGACAUCAAUCUGAAUCUUAUCAAGUGGCUGAAGUUGACGUCCAAGUUACCACAUUUGUUAUAUUAAUUCUGUGCGAUCAGCAAGAUUAUUGCCUUGGCUGACUGGGAAGCUAGAUAGCCAAGUGUUCGAAUGACGUCCUUAGCCCCUUUGUUGUCAGCCUAUGCAUUUUGUUUACCUUAGCUUUUAGCUAUCUAUUUCUACACUGAUGAUUGGUAUUUGCUUUGAUGAAGCCAAACUUUGGACGUUGGAUGUUGGUCGCCAGUGCAGUUCCGUAUUUUUUAUUUUCCUUUGCUCCGUUCGGCAUUGUUGAUUGGACCACUUAAGAAUACAACCAUUUUAGCAGUCGUAGUGCUAAUACUAGAACGGGUUGAGCAGCAACAAAAGAAACAAUGAAUCGCUACCUGCCCGUUGCGCGACAGCACUUCCUGACUGCAUUGGCUAGCACCAGUGUGGUGGUGAAGGCCAUCUGUGCAGCAGUGCUCCUGCUGUACUUGCUGUCCUGGGCAGUGGACACCGUGUACGUUCUGGGGGUGACGCCCGGCUACCUCUUCCCCCCCAAUUUCUGGAUCUGGACCCUGGUGACGCACGCGGUGGUGGAGCAGCACCUCCUGGACGUGCUGGUCAGCUUGGGUACCAUGGUCGCCGCCGGCCGGCUGCUGGAGCCCCUCUGGGGGGCGCUGGAGCUCCUCAUCUUCUUUGCGGUGGUGAACGUCUCCGUGGGCCUCCUGGCAGGCUUCUCAUACCUGCUAACUUACGUGGCCACCUUCAACCUGGACUACCUGUUUGCCGUGCGCGUGCACGGUAUGCUAGGCUUCCUGGGCGGGGUGCUGGUGGCUCUGAAGCAGACGAUGGGGGACAUGACGGUGCUGCACGUGCCCCAGGUCCGGCUGAAGGUGGCCCCCAUGCUGGUGCUGCUGGCCCUGGCCGUGCUGCGGCUCACCACCCUGCUGGAGAGCACCGCUCCGCUGGCCGCCUACGGCUACGGCGUGCUGUCGGGCUGGGUCUACCUCCGCUUCUACCAGAAGCACAGCCGCGGCCGGGGGGACAUGUCGGACCACUUCGCCUUCGCCUCCUUCUUCCCCGAGAUCCUGCAGCCCGUGGUGGGGCUGGUGGCCGGCCUGGUACACAGCAUCCUGGUGAAGAUAAAAGUGUGUCGCAAGAUGGUGAAGCGCUACGACGUGGGGGCUCCCUCCUCCAUCACCAUCAGCCUGCCGGGCACGGACCCCCAGGACGCAGAGAGGAGAAGACAGCUGGCCCUGAAGGCCCUGAACGAGCGGCUGAAGAGGGUGGAGGACCAGUCGGCCUGGCCCAGCAUGGAUGACGAGGAGGACGAGGACGAAGACGAGGUCCGAGACGACGUGCCGCUCCUGUCGGGUCGGGAGACGACGUCACCAGCAGGAGGCGCUAGCUCCAGCUCCACCGGACAGGAGUCCAGCAUCAUCAGCUUUGAAGACGCCCCCUCCAACUCCUAACACACGCACAGACACACUCAGCAGACUGAGCCUCUAUCAGCGUAUUGUAACCCCCCCCACCCCCACCCCAGACCGACGCAUACAUGCUUACGUGCACACUGAUACACUGAUACACAGUGUCUCAAGGACAGCUCUGAAGACACUCCCUCCAACUGUCAGCACACAGGGGACUGAGCCUAUCCCAGCAAACUGGACCUGUCCAAACAACGCAUUCACACACGCUCAUGCACAUUCACACACUCGCAGGACAAUGCUCCGUCUUUAUUACACACUCAAACACACGUAGAGGAUCAAACGCCCUACUCCCGCCCAGUAUGCAGUAUAAACACACACACACACACUCACAUUUACACAUCUGUUGUGUUACAGACAUGGACAGACCUUCCGAUUAGGUUUGGUUUGGACAAAAAGCCAAGAAUAUGCUACACAAUGUACAAAUGUUUGCAAUGUUUUCUUAGUCUCUCUGGACUUUGGAGGGAGGAGCAGGUAGCUAUGCUUCAGUUAUGAAUGAAGAGCUGGUGGAGCGAUCGCCCUACUACGGACUGGCCAGCGGACAGUUUCUCUGAAGAGCAGAGCACUCUUUCUGCAGCUGGGCGGUUGAACCCUGUACUCUGUGUCUGGUUUGGGCUGAAAGCACUGCAGUCUCGCUGUUUGGUAGGUCACCCUUUAGUGCUGGUGGUUAGUCAUGGUCUUUUUGUAAAUCGUGUUCUACUUCACAGAAAAAGAAAAAUCAGUAGACUCUAGAUUUGCCUGCAUUACAGCCUCCAUACCUUUUGUCUUGGUUUGAUCACUUAUAAACCCUGUUUGUUCCCAUGAAUUAAUCUUUGAACAAUGUGGAAGAUAUCUAUAUAUAUAUUUGAUUUAGCUUCGUUCUCCUCAGCUUGCCAUCCCGUUUAUUUUCCUGUGAUGGUUUGCUUUGUUCACAGGGCCAUUUAAAAAAUAUUCUGGUAGCCCAGAAAUGCAUUGUCCUAAACUCUACAUGGACCUCUCAUUGUUCUUUUAUUUGAUUUCUGUCUGAGACAAACCUGCUGACCAGCAGUUGUAAGAAUUCAGCUCUGCAGUCAUGAGUUCAGUGGGAUUAGGUGCCUGUUCUAGCCUGCCAUAAAUGGACUACACAUCUAAGUGAGUCACAGAUGUUAACACAUUUCAGUGUUUUUUCGGGAGGUGCCUGUCAAGUCCUCGCAUCGCUAGACAGCCGAGGAGAACUACAUUCAUGAGUUCUUGCCUUUUUUUGCACUUUUCUUCUUUAGGAACUCAAGUUCUGUACAGCAACUCUACAGCAGCUAUCCUAAUAUAAAAGUAAGAAAAUCACUCUAACUCACACAGUGCAUCUGAACGAGUUGACAUUGCUCAUGUACAGUUUGUGCAGUUAUUGGAAAUGUGACCAAUGAUGUCAGUUCUUUUAGUUUGUAAAGAUCGACACUUCGAACAUUGGGCGAAGGGGGUGACUCCGUUCUCCAUGAUUAUGUGUUUCUAUCCACUGUGGCUGUUGCACAGGCACCUUCCCUGGACUACAUCUUUUCUUUCUCUCUGUAUAUGGAAUAAAGGACUUUCAAAUUAUAAUGGUUUCACUGUUGUGUCACUGGUGUGUUUGGACAGUAAUCAAAAGUGCAAAAAUGAAAAUCACUCUUCUCUCUGAAAUUAAAACGUUUUUUUAUUUGAAAACCAACAUGUUUUGGCUAUGUCUUCAUCAUGGUCACUAUACCCUAAUGAAGGCAUACUUCCGGAAUGUUUAAAUAAGCUUUAAUCGCAUAAAGUGUGUACGAUUAAAAAAUGUUUUCACAACUUUA